CGCGCAUUCGAUUCUCCCUCACGAAGUGCCUCAGCAGUGGCUAUGAUAGUCCGGAGUGUCAUAAGAUGCUCUGCCACUCGAAGACUGCAAGUCUGGCGGCCCCGACUGCUGCAAGUUAAGCAAUGCAAAUACUCAACCUCGUCGGCCGUUGUGACGGGCAAUGGACCUUCCCAAGCUUCGAUCCUAGGUACCUUCACGACGGAGUUGGACAGGAUAGCUCCACGAUUUGAGAUCCAGGGCUCACAGAUACAAAUCUUGCGGUCUCCAUCGGAAUUCUACGAGACAUUGAAGGCCAAGAUAUUAAAUGCAAAGACACAGAUAUUCUUGUCAACCUUGUACAUAGGGAAAUCAGAGCAUGAACUUAUUUCCACCCUUCAGAAAGCCCUCCGGGCCACGCCGACCUUGAAGCUCAGUAUUCUCACAGAUGCGUUGAGAGGAACGAGAGAAUCCCCAAACCCCUCAUGUGCUUCUCUACUCGCGCCAUUGGUGGCAGAGUUUGGACCAGAGAGGGUUGAGAUUCGAAUGUAUCAUACCCCGAAUUUGACAGGAUUGCGAAAGAAACACGUCCCAAAGCGCAUCAAUGAGGGUUGGGGAUUGCAGCACAUGAAGCUCUACGGAAUCGACGAUGAGAUUAUAAUAUCAGGGGCAAACCUCUCGAAUGACUAUUUCACCAACCGACAAGACCGAUAUCAUGUUUUCUCUUCAAAAGAGAUCACUGAUUAUUUCUUCAACAUCCAUAAUGCAGUCUCCAAUCUCAGUUUCAUGGUCACGCCGGACGCUCAAUUACCAGCUGGAUACGUCCUAGAAUGGCCCUCUUCCAACUCUGCCCCGUCACCUCUGGCAGACCCCCAAGGAUACAUCGCCAUCUCCUCAACUAUCUUCAACCAGCUCAUCCAAGCGCCGCAAUCCUCAACUCCACCCGGGGUCCCCAAGACAAACACAACCGUCUACCCCCUCUCUCAACUAACGCCGCUUCUCAAACCCGACACCUCCACCGAACUCCCCGCCAUCCACACCAUUCUCCGCAUCCUCGGCUCCCCAACCUUCAACACCUCAUCCUGGACCUUCACGGCCGGCUACUUCAACCCAGACCCAUCACUAACCUCGCUUCUCCUCUCCACCUCUUCCACGUCCAACACCGUAAUCACCGCGUCCCCGCAAGCCAACGGCUUCUACGGCUCCAAAGGCGUCUCGGGCCUGCUUCCCGACGCCUACACGCUCCUCUCCCGCCGCUUUCUCGAGCGCAUCCAGCAGUCACCCCGCCACCACGACGACAUCGUGCUCAAGGAGUGGAAGCGCGGCACCGUCGGCGAGCCCGGCGGCUGGACCUACCACGCCAAGGGGCUCUGGGUGAGUGUGAACGGGGAGGCCGAGCCGAGCAUCAGCAUCGUCGGGAGCAGCAACUACACGAAGCGGAGCUACAGCCUCGACCUGGAGGCCGGGACCCUGAUCGUCACGAGCGACGAGGGAUUGAAGGCCAGGUUGAGAGAGGAGAGGGAUGGCUUGCAGGAGUAUGCAAGGAGGGUCGGCAUGGAUGAGUUUGUGAAGACCGAGAGGAGAGUCGGCAUUCAUGUUCGCAUUGCUUUGUGGAUUGUGGGGUUGGUUGGCGGCGCUUUGUAGAACUAUUACCACUCACUGGUUGUAAGAUAUAAUGUAGAGGGCAUAUAGACCUGUAGAUACCGGGGAACAUUCAAAAUCAAUUGUUAAUUAAACUCUGAC